CAAAGAAUAUUAUUUUCCAUGUAUAAUUCAUAAUCCUCUCCAUAUAAAUAGAGCUACCAACACCUGCAAAAUUUGAAAAAUGUCGAUUGAAAUUACAGAGGAAUUAGCCCUAAAUCUGGCAAAAAUGUUUUUGCGCCACAACCUUGUGGAUCCGCAAACCCUAGCCAUCGACAAUACACCAACCGAUAUCGCUGUGAAACUAAACAACGACAACUACCCGGUGUGGGCGACCCUGAUGAAGCGAGAGCUGGGCGGCAAGGGUUUGACGUCUCACAUCACCGCAGAUCCAAAGCCCCCUCUCAGCACAGAUCCCUCUUUCCCCCUAUGGCAGCAAUCAGACCACAGGGUAUUCAUCUGGAUCAUUCUACACAUGAAUCCAAGCCUUGUCAACUUAGGUGUUGCUCAAUACCCAACCGCAAAGCACCUCUGGGAUGGCCUAGCCACCAUGUACGGGAGCGACUCCGACUCGUAUCGAAUGUACGAGCUCUAUCGGGAUGCCUAUUCUAUUAAACAGAACGGAGGAUCGUUGGAUUCAAUUUGGAACAGAUUUCAGGAGAUAUGGUUUGAGAUGGACUGCAGGAAACCAAAUCCGAUGACGUGUAGUGAGUGUAGAAAUCAAUUCCAUGAAUACGUGCAAACGGAGAGGCUGUUUCAGUUCCUUAUGGCAAUAGACGAUCGAUUCGAAUCGGUGAGGAGAAAGGUGCUGUUGACGGAUCCGUUGCCCUCAUUGACGACGGCAUAUGCGAUGGUGAGGCGAGAAACGGAGAUUCAGAUGCAGGUGAGAGAAGAUAAGAGCAAACUUGUGUGCUCACAUUGCGGAGGCCGGAGGCACGACAAGGAUAGCUGCUUCUACUUGAUCGGGUUCCCGGAAUGGUGGGAAGGGCCGAAGAAGAUGAAGCCAUCGACAGCCUCUGGCAUCCGGCAGCCGCAAUCUCGUCAGCCAAUGGCAAUCUCUGCGUAUAGCAUGGCGAGAUCAGCCAACCAUGCCGAAGCAGCCAAGCCCACCUAUGGCGGAUUCUUCCGUGAAAUCGGAACAGCUGUGUCAAACAUAACAGAGGAGGAGGAAUAUACGGACGAGGAAGAUCUUUGGUUCUGGCACUGAAAGAAAUAACGAAACGGCUCAACAAGGUACUGUGUUGCUGACACAUGGGCUGCAAACGGUCGGGGCUUUGGCAUCGUCAGUUAAGACACUCAUUUAAAAAAUCUUGUUCUCAGAAUUGAAACAUGACACUUGUUUUUGGCCAAAAGCCACACACUUGCAUGGAAUCUCUUUUUUCUCUAAUCCAUUCGGAUAUUUAGGGCUGUGCUCCUGUUACUGAUGGUCAAGGCCUUAAAAUAGUUUUUGUUGUUUAUCAAUGA